GUGCGUGAUUCGAUGUUUGGAUUUUUCUUGGAAAAGACCAGAAAAAAGCUCGAAGAAGAAGAUAAAAUUUUUAUUUAGCUGCUCUUUACAACGCUGCCGUGUAGACAAAGUGAUAUCACUGAGUAAAUAAACGCAUAAUCUGUGUGCUAUUACGCUUAACGUUACAAGCUACUCAACAAUUCCCGAUAGCCCGGACAGUGCCGUAGCGGUGCGAAAGAUUAUUUAAUAUUCUACAGUCUAGCUUGUGAUCACCGUACGCAGUAAGGUCGUCGUUGUCGCGUUGUCUUUGCAAAAGUGACGAAACUAUUCAGGCACGGUCGUAUUACGGACGGUGCAGUGAAGCGUUACAACGCGAAGAAAAGCCGUAAUCCGACGAAGGUGGUGCAAUAAAUAUACGGAAGGAUAAUACACUAAUCACGGAAGUACGGCUGUAAGGAGCGAAGAAGGCAAAACCGCAUAAUGCCACCGACAAAUAAUCGACCGGAUGAUUUACCGCCACCGAAGGCAGAUUUUAGUGCACCGCCACCGUACGAAGCAACCGAUCCGCAGCAGCAGCUCAACGAGUAUGGCUCACAGCAGUCGGUUCCGGUACCGGAGCUAACCACCAAGCUGCCCACGUACGAGGAGGUGCAGAUGGAAAAGAUGAUCAAUCACGAGCUGCCAAUACCACCGAUGGGGCCCCAGAUGCCACCACCCCCACCCAGCAUCACCUCCAUGGGUGGGGUAGGUCGUGGUCCGGGUGUACCCGGUGGUCCGCAGGUUACAUUCAUAGCGAUCGAUGCCGACGGGGAAAACAUUAACGCCGACAACGGUUUGCUCGGUACGGACAUCAUGUUCGUGACCGCCUUCCUGAUUGCGUUCCUGUUCAAUUGGAUCGGAUUUUUGGUGCUGACGUGCUUCUGUCACACGAUUGCCGCCCGGUACGGUGCACUGUCCGGGUUCGGACUGUCGCUCGCCAAGUGGACGUUGAUCAUGAAACACUCGACCGACUUUGCAUCGCACGAAAACUCUUGGCUGUGGUGGUUAAUAAUGGCGUUCGGAUUUUUGAUCUGCGUGCGGGCACUGGUGCAGUACAUUAGCAUUAAGCGAACCUGGCGUUUGCUGUCCACAUCCGCCCAGGAACGGCUACUGUUCUUCUACUAAUGCGGGUUCCUUUUUUUUCUCUCCAUCGGUUGCUUGAUUGUUUUUGUUGCUACUUGUGGUUUAUUUGUUUUCCAUAAGCGUAGUUUUAAGAGCCAUUCUACUGUUUUUGCGUUCUAUUCUUAUUCCCGUGGUAGCAUCAUUGAACAUCGGCUGCUGAUGGUGAUGAUGCGUUCUUACGUUUGUGAAGUAAUUUUAAUCCGUCUCCUUGUGCUCCAUUUUGAAUACAAAAACACAAAAACCACACACACACACACAGUAGGUGUAAAGGGCUCGCAGAACGAUCGAAGUGAUCCCAUCGCUAUAGUAGUAACGAUGGUAACCAACCAAUCGCUGGCUGUCUCUAGAGCAUAGCAACACUUCAGGGAAUGAAAACAUGAUCAAAACAUGGUGCACGUGGGAUUUGGCGGGGCGGUAGGAGAAUAGGACGGAGGUCAAGAAAUCAUUAUCGUAAUUUUGUGAUAGCAAUCAGCGUUAAGACCCUCGAAAACCUUUCUCGUUUUUAGUGCUCGAUGAUGGGGCUGUUUGUGUUUUGUGCUGUUUUUCACUUGUUUCCAAUAUUUGUCCUGCCACAAAUGGAAUGUAAUUGUACAUUUUAUUUACUUAUAGUUACUUAGAUACACACACACACCAUCACUCGAUUUUUUUUAAUUGUAAAUGUAGUGUUUCUAAACUUUCAGAAGAUAAUUUAUAUCACGAAACAUUGUUUUACUUUGUUUAUCGUGUGUUUAUUUUUGUGUUUCUUACAAAACAGUCUGUAGUAGGGUGGGGACCAUAAUUUAAUUCCUUAUUUUCUUUGCCAAUAAACGUAACACAAUUGUGUGAGUGUUUUUUUGCGGGAAGUGCGUGAAAGUAACAGCAAAAACAAAGAAAAAAAAAAGUUUGUAGAAGAUCAAUGUUUUGAUCCUUCAUCUUUGCAAAACCAACCAAAUUAGAAAUGAACAUAGUUGAAAACAAACAGCAAAACAGAGUAAAAUCAAACGCUUUCUACGGUGUUUGGGGUUUAAAACAUAGAGGAAAAUCAUAUUUUUGUACACUGUAAAUAGGUUUGUAACCACACAACCGAAGGAAGCGCCCCUGCUGUGUUGUGAUUCUAUUCACAAAAGAUUGAAGAAGAAAAAAAAAAUGAAACAAAAGAAGCACAGCAAAAAAACCAAAACAAAAAUACAAUAAAUUUACUACUAAUUACCACCACCAUUUACUACUACUAUUACUACAAAACUACUACAAAUCUGCAAGCUAAGCUGCUGAUCCCGGGGUAGGAAAUGGAAUAUGGAAACAACAUGUGGAACAAAGUGUGUAGCCAAGCACAUCACCUGUGCGCUUUACAGCAUUGAAAGAGGCAGAAGGAAACAACACAAAAAAACAACCAGAAGUAACAUAGAAAAUGGAAUACGUCUAUUGUAUUGUAUAAAACAACAUAUUAAAAGAAGCAAACAAAACACUAUGUCUCAAUAUUGUAAAAGUAAAAAAAAAAGAAAUAAAAAUUUAAUGUAACUUAA